AUGCCAGCAGCAACAACAUCAACCACAAAGAAGCCACCGUCGCUGAAACUGCUGACUACCAAGUUGAAGGAUGUUCAAUCUUCGUUCGACGAUAUUUGGAAUUUCGAAGAAGUUUUCAAGGAAGACGCAACUAAUACCCAGAUAGAGGUACGACUGGAGAAGCUCGAUAAACUGUGGGAGAAAUUUAGCGACAUUCUCAUUGAGCUAAAAUCACACGACGAUUAUGUGGCGAAAGGUGACGACUAUGAAAACCAGCGGUUUGAUUUCAGCGAUCGAUAUUACAAGGCUAAAUCAUUUUUAAUGGAUCGAACCAAGGCGAGGCAAGACACUCCUGUUAUGGAGCAAUCGAUGCGAGUUGGUGAUACGACGAUGCAAGGUGUGGACCACGUGUGGCUACCGCAAAUAAAACUACAAACCUUCAACGGUGAUAUCGACGAAUGGUUAGGCUUUCGUGAUCUCUUCACUUCACUUAUUCAUUGGAAGACCGACUUGCCAGAGGUGGAAAAGUUUCACUACCUGAAGGGGUGUUUGCAGGAUGAGCCUAAGGCUCUAAUUGAGUCACUACAAAUCACUCGCGCCAAUUACCAGGUGGCGUGCGAAAUGCUGUUAAAGCGUUAUAAUAACAGCAAUCAGUUGAAAAAGCGUCAAAUCCAAUCGCCAAGUUUAACAAGGGAAUCGGUUGCCGAUCUUCAUUCGUUAUUGGAAGGCUUCCAGAGGAUAGUUCAGACGCUUGCUCAAAUCGUACAGCCUAACGAUUAUAAGGAUCUAUUGCUGAUAAACUUACUUUCGGUUCGGUUAGAUCCAGUUACGCGUAGAGGAUGGGAGGAACAUUCUUCAAUUAGAGACCAGGAUUCAUUAACAGAUUUAACGGAGUUUCUUCAUCGGAGGAUACAAAUACUGGAGUCGCUACCACCUAGAUCCGCUGACACUAGGGGUGGUCAGCUACAACAGCCAGGGAAGCAGAAACCAUUUACAGUCAAAAAGUUUCAACACGGUUCAAUUAACAAACAAUAA